AUGGGAAGGGAGGAGAGAGAGAGAGCGUGAUGUUAGAGAAGCGACAAGACACUGCGUAUCGCAUUCGUUCUGGUUGUUCCACAUUACAGCCAUUGCAGUGCAUUUGUGAUCCAAGCGGCAGCCUUUGAUAUUGAGAUGGGGAAAGAUCCAACCAAGCCAAGGGGAAAGAUGUCCUCCUAUGCCUACUUUGUCCAGACCUGUCGAGAGGAGCACAAGAAGAAACACCCGGAAGCUUCCGUCAACUUCUCCGAGUUCUCCAAGAAGUGCUCUGAGAGAUGGAAGACCAUGUCUGCCAAGGAGAAGGGGAAGUUUGAGGAUCUGGCCAAGCUGGACAAGGUGCGUUAUGAGAGGGAGAUGAGGAGCUACAUUCCUCCAAAGGGAGAGAAGAAGAAGAGGUUUAAGGACCCCAAUGCCCCCAAGAGACCAUCGUCUGCUUUCUUCAUCUUCUGCGCUGAUUUCCGACCCCAGGUGAAGGGGGAGACCCCUGGCCUGUCUAUCGGUGACGUGGCCAAGAAGCUGGGAGAGAAGUGGAACAACCUAACAGCGGAAGACAAGGUGCCCUAUGAGAAGAAGGCUGCGAAGCUGAAGGAGAAGUACGAGAAGGACAUCACUGCCUAUCGCAACAAGGGCAAGGUGCCGGUCAGCAUGCCAGUGAAGGUCGCUGCCCCAACCAAGGACGACGACGACGAUGACGAUGAUGACGACGACGACGACGAUGAUGACGACGACGACGACGAUGACGAGUAGAUCCGCGUUGUUGUUAGAGCUUAUCAUUUCUUGUUUAUAAAGCAUUUAACCCUUCACACAUCACUUACUCAGAACAAAAGAAAAAACAUUACUUGAAAAAGUUACACAAAAACUAAAACACCCCUCCUCUCUCAAAAACACCCCCCCCCCUCCUCUCUCAA